GAAACACCAUCCUGGGACGACCAGCGUUCGAGUCAAGACAAGGCUUCAGAUCGGUGACGACACAAAUCUCCGAGGCAACUGAAACUGUUUGGGAAACAGAUCUCCGUGAUCGACACUCCAGGAAUAUUAGGAUCUGAGAUGGAGAUUCAGACCUGGUGUCGGGACCUCCUGCAGUCCUCCAGACCUUGUCUUUUCCUGGUGGUGUUCAGUGUUGGACGGUUCACCAAAGAGCAAGCGAAGGUCCUGAUGGCAGCCAACAGAGUCCUCGGGCCUCAGGAGUUCAAAAAGUGUCACCUGCUCUUCACAGGUGGCGAUGCUUUAAAGGACAGGUCUUUGGGGGACUUUCUCUUUGAAGAAAACGUUACAACAUUUUCAGGGAAGUAUCAUCUGUUCAACAAUAAAGAAGGAGGACGGGAGCAGGAGCAAGUCAGAGAGCUACUGAUCAAGUCAGGCCACCUCAGAAUCCAGCAACCUGAUUCACCAGACAGGAGGAUGGUUCUGCUCGGCCUGCCGGGAGGAGGAAGGAGCUCAUCAGGAAACACCAUCCUGGGAUCAGAGCAGUUCAGAUCAGCCUGUGGUUUUAAUUCAGUCAGUACUGAGACGGUCUCUAAAUCAGCCGUGGUGGUGGGUCGUAAGGUCACAGUGGUCGACACUCCAGGAUUCACUGAUGAAGGUCUGACUCCUAAACGGCUGCACAAGGAGAUCAUGAGGUUUAUAGUGAAGGCCAGUCCAGGACCACAUGCCCUCGUCAUCGUGGUCGAAAUAUGCAGCAUCACCACAACAGACGUCAAACUGUUUGAGCUAAUUCUUAAACUGUUUGGCGGUGGAGCUUGUAGGUACUCCAUGGUGCUUUUCAUUCAUGGAGACCAGCUAGGAGGUCAGUCCAUUGCUGGUCUGAUCCAGUCCAACAGUGACGUGUCAAAACUGGUCUCCAUGUGUGGUGGUAGAUACCGUGUUUCACAACAAUAAGAGAGGAAACAGGGUGCAGGUUAGAAACCUCCUGGAUCAAAUAGAUGAGAUGGUCACAGCUAACGGUGGACAACACUUCACCGAUGUGAUGUUCCGGAAGGCUCGGCCAGGCGGCGGCGUUGGCGCAGUUUACAGAGGUUGUGAGAGAAUUU